CGCGGAUCGUGGCCAAGAUCGUUAUAAAGAAGUAAUACCCGAAGCUGUUCCCUUUAGACAGGAAAAUAUCAUUCCACUUCCAGCGCGUUUGCGCGAAAUUGUUGAAAGCCGUUUCAUUGAUAACGCCCAUUAUGUCUUAGUUAUUGCUACAGACAAGGCAAUUUACGUGUUUGGUUUCAGCUCAAAUCCUGAUGGAAUAAUUUUUCACGAUAUGUCGUCAGAUAGAUAUCGAACAGAUUAUAGCAAGAAAGAAAUUGGUUCCAUAAUCGGUACCGAUGAUGGUCGUAUUUUCCUUAUAGAUGCUGGCGAACUCUGUGAGCUUGUUUACGAGGCAUAUUAUAUACAAAAAGAUGCUGCAUUGAAAUUAAUAGGAACAUAUUCAAUUAAUGAUGAUAAAUCGAUGAUGCUUAAAGAAACGCCUGCAAUGCUAAAAACAAAAGAACCAAAUGGUUUAUAUAUACUUGAAGUACAUGAUCCACCGCCUCAAAAUCAGCAACCCAUACCUCAACAAACUAGAUUAGAAUAUCAAAAAUUCCGUUAUUUUCAUGGUAUUUUCUUUGCACAACGUAGAGAAGGUGGUAUAGAAAUGUUGUCUACCACAUGUCCAAAUUAUGGUCUAAUGUUUAGUAGAUUUAUUCAG